AUGGCGACUGCGGAAAAUACAACCGAUGUACAUUUAUUAAAACAUACAAAAAUAUCGGUACACGUAGACGAAGCCCUACCGGAUAUCAUAGUAGUCACGUACGAAUUUGGCGUAAAAAUUUUUAAAGGAGUCUUAUUAGAUUCAACUAAAAAGAACUUACCAUGCGGCGUUCAAACUCUAAAUCCAGCCUUAAACGUGCCAAAAGCAAACUCAGAGGAAGACCCUUUAUACGCAGUUAACCAACGGUUUAAUUACACAGAACCGGGAGCAACAAAAAAACGAACUCACCUCUCAAAAUAUAAAAACAACAAAAUGACUGUGAGGUUAAGACCCAGGCAGGUCCUGUGCUCAAAAUGCAAAGGAAUUUGUAAUGAAAACUCGGAAAACGUCACCAGGAAAAGAAAAUCAACUGAAAGUGUACCUAACCCUCACCCAAAACGAAGCGCCAACGCCCCCGUUACCAGAUCUGUACAAAGAAAUAUUGGAGGUUAUGUAAAACCAACAUCGACGACCCAAAUCAAAAGAACCAAAAUGGACAAAGUUAAAAAGUCGAAUGGAAACGUUUCUGAGGACACCAAUAGUAACGUAGAGGAAGAUCAAAGUUUUGUACAUUCCCAAGAACAUUCCGAACAACCCUCAACAACCACAUCUUUGGAGAAUUUAGGCUCUGCAGAAGAACCUGUCGAAGAAAUUCGAAGCGAACCGGACACAAAGAACAAAGAAACACCAUCGACGACGUUCAUUACGCAAAAUUGUAACGUUCAAAACGAACAACCUUUAACAACAACAUGUACAAAUACAAGAACGAUUAAAAUAUCGUAUGGACCUCAAGGUAUAAUUCAAGAAUCAUUAUGUCGCGUAAAAAUCGACAAUUUUCAAAUCAAUCAUUCAAGUGAAGGAACAGUUUUAAAAAUUCCAGCUCAAAUUGAAAAUUUA